AUGGCGGUUCCGACCGCACUCAGGAAAAACAAACAGCAACAGUUACGUUUCCCCAGAGUCCUAUCUGCCUUUUACAUGGUUGGAAUACCAGAGUCAGUAAACGUGAUCCCUUCCAAACAUUUCUUCAGGACCUCUGCCAGCCCCAUUAUGCAACCCCAAUCGCAGCAGACACGAAGCCCCCCUACUUGCCCAGAGCCCGAUUCUCCCCCCAUCCCACCUCCCUCCCUCGGCUUUGAUCAGACUAGAAGACAACAGCAAGCGAAGACACAGCGUCCCGGCUGCAGCUCACGCCCAGGCAGCGCGACAGCUCCUGGCAGGUUGCUUUCUCCGUUUCCUAUUCCAGUGCUCCGGGAGGCGAGAGUGGGGGUGUGUGGAACGCGACUGUUCCUGUGGGGACCAUGUGAGGACGAUCUUUAUUUCGGAGGCGAGGACAGAGCGGCGGGAGUCAGGAGCCCUGUGCUGGUCUGGCUUCAAUUAAAGAUCCUGGGAAGACUGCAGAGUGGAGCCUGGGAGCCUCGCAGCUGGGACCUAGCUAUGCGGCUGAGCUGCGGCUGUCUCCUGGUCCUCUUUGUGCAGAUCCCCUCCUUCUGCCUGGUCGGGAGCCAGGAUGACAAGGACGCGGCGCCACCCCCCCGGCUCGGCGGGGGGAUCCUGCCCCCGAAGAACACCCCAGGCUGCCCGGCCAACUGCACCUGCCCCUCAGAGGAGACGGUGGAGUGUGGUGGGCUCGACCUGCACGUCUUCCCCAGCAACGUCUCCAGAGCCGUGCAGCAUCUUUCUCUGCAGAAUAACCAGCUACGGGAGCUGCCCUACGAUGAGCUGGCCCAGCUGACCAGCCUGAAAACCCUCAACCUGCACAACAACCACAUCAUCUCCGAUGGCCUCCCGGAUGAAGCCUUUGAGUCCCUGGACUCGCUGCAGUACAUCUACCUGGCCAACAACAAGCUCACGGUAGCACCGCAGAUCCUCCCCAGCACAGUGCGCAUAGUGGACCUGGCUGCCAACCUGCUCACCGAAGUCUACCCGCUCACCUUUGGGCAGAAAGCCAACCUCAGCUCUCCUCCAUGCAGGUCCGUGUAUCUUCACAACAACCAGCUGACCAACACCGGGCUCCCCUAUGACGCCUUCAACGGCUCCGACACCGUCAGCACCAUGAUCCUCUCCAGCAACCGGCUCAGCUACUUGCCCCAGAACCUGCCCCCUGCGCUCGUCCGGCUCCACUUACAGAACAACCACAUCUCCCGGAUCCCCAGAGGGGCGCUGAGCAGCCACUGGAAGCUCCGAGAGCUCUACCUGCAGAACAACAACCUGUCCAACCAGGGCAUGGACCCUGCCACCUUCAGCAAGCUGAAGAGCCUGGAGUACCUGGAUCUGUCUAACAACAACCUGACCGAGAUCCCGGCUGGCUUCCCCCCGAACAUCGUGAUCCUGCACCUGGGCAAGAACCGCAUCGGCUCGCUGCCCCGGGACAGCCUGAGCCGGGUGCGCGGCCUGCAGUACCUGCUGCUGCAGAACAACCGCCUGACGGCCGCCGGCGUCCACCCCGACGCCUUCCUCAAGCUGCGCCACCUGCACACCCUGCACCUCUACAACAACCGGCUGGAGCGGGUGCCCCCGGGGCUGCCCCGCCGGGUGCGCUCCCUCAUGAUCCUGCACAACCAGAUCACUCACAUCGGCCUGCACGACUUCGCCAACACCUACCUGCUGGCCGAGCUCAACCUGAGCUACAACCGCCUCUACAGUGCCAAGAUCCACCGGCUGGCCUUCCGCAAGCUGCGCCGGCUCGAGAACCUGGACCUCUCGGGCAACCAGCUCACCCUCCUGCCCGCCGGCCUCCCGCCCAGCCUCGAGGUGCUCAAGCUACACAAGAACCAGCUCAACUCCCUCUCGCCCGAGCUGCUGGCCAACCUGGCCGGCCUCAAGGAGCUGCACCUGGCCCACAACAGGCUGCGCAUCGGCUCCAUCACCCCUGGCACGUGGCAGGAGCUGCAGGGGCUCAAGCUCCUGGAUCUCAGCAACAACGAAUUGUCCUACAUCCCCCCGGACUUGCCAGAGUCCCUCGAGUACCUGUAUCUCCAGCACAACCGCAUUGCCGUCAUUGGGGCCGAAGCCUUCCACACCAUCCCCGACAUCCGAGCCAUCGUCCUCAGAUCCAACCGCCUGCUGGCAGCCAGCGUGUCUGACCAGGCCUUCGCGGCCCUGAAGCAGCUGGAGGUUGUGGACACUACGGGGAACCCAGAACCCAUCAGUAUCAAGAUGCCACGAGCCGGGCGCUGGCUCAGAUCUCACCCAGGCCCCUAACAGGCGGACAGGUCAGCCUGAGCUGGUCAGUGUCUGCCCUGGGCCUGGUUUGUCAGGGAAGCUUGAAUAGCAGCGAGGAAGUGAGGAACCGGGGCAGCUUUCUCCUUCUCCAGCUGCGCUGUUCAGGUCCUAGACUGUGUUAUCGCUGUGGGCUCGGAUGGUCCUGCCAGGGAGCGGCAGCUAAGCAGGGUUCGGCAGGCUCGGUACUUGGACAGGGGAAAAUCCAGCUAUGGUGGGGAGGAGGGUGGGUGUCUCAGUAGGGGGCGCUCUUCCCUGAGAGUCAGCAGUACUGGGGGUGCUGUGCUUCCGGGAGCAGGGGGCACGCUCCUGCUCUUUCAGCCAACCACAGAAUUGGGGUCCUGCCCCUUGGUCAGCCUGGCGACUUCCCCCUUGCACUCGCCACUGGAUCAGCCGCUCUUCACCUCUCGUCCAAACCGUCACGUAGCACUGCCACGUUCCACCCCAGAGGUGGCUGCAUUUCAGUGCUGGGGAAGUUAUUUCCCUCUGUAUGCACAUCUGUGUGGGGCUAAAUUCUGAGCUGCUCUAAGCAAGGGCGAUUCCUCUGAGACCACCAACCAGCUCUGAACUUGGCGGUGCUUUGGGAUCGCUUGGGCUGAGAGGAGCUCUGGCAAUAUCCCCUACUGAAAUCCCUCUCUCCUGCUGUCAUUUCCUGCAGCCGCCUUCCCUCCCUCCCAGGCUCUGACGCACCACAUCCCAGAUCACAGCGAUAACAUGGUUUCGAGAUCCUCCCUGAGGCAGCGUUCCAGAGGGAUUACGCUGCCUGCUCUUCUGGGCUCCGUGAGCUGCACGGCGUGCCGACACCCCACUGUAGGCCCUGCCCCGGCCUCCUGAGAAUCAGCACGUCCCCUCGGGCACUCACUCAACUUUAGCCAAGCAUUUGAACCAGCCUUACAGGGGACAGGGCUGCUCGCUGCUAGGCCUGAGUUGGCCAGCUGGAGGCAUGCGUCAGCCAGGGCCCGAACUCAAAGCCAGCGGAAAGGGACCCUCCCUGUAGAUUAGGGACUGUGCGGCUUGCAGGAUAGGCACCGUAAGGGCUGGGGUCGGGGUCUAGAACCUGCGUCUGCAGGGCUGCCAGGUAACAGACAGCUCCACGCUGCCACCCAGCAGCAGCACUGAUGAAGCCCAAGGAAGGUAUUUAAGAUCCUGGGACGGGGAAUGGGCCUGGACCCAGGCAAUGGUGCCAGCAGAGCCAGUGGGUGUCUCCAUGUCUCUGAGCCACGGGCGGGGUGACAUGUUUUGUGUCCGGUAGCAAAGGACCCCAGAGUGAAUGGAAUAACCAGGGCCUCUUAGCUCCCAUCCCCACGAAUGAAUCCCUAACAAAUCGAUUUCAUCUGGCCCCAAUGCAGGCUAGAGGAAAUGACUGUAAGGUGGGUGCACAGUUGGUUGAAACCCCACCCUCUAGUAGCUAUCAGUGGUUUACUGUCGAACUGGAGGGACAGAGCUAGCGGGGUCCUGCAGGGCUCUGCCCUGGGGCCGGUCCUAGUCAAUAUUUUCGUUCAUGACUUGGCUAACGGAGUGGAGUGUGCGCUUAUGGCUUUGGCAGAGGACACCAUGGGAGAGGCUAGAAGCACGUUGGACAGGAUUAGAAAUCAAACCAACCGUGACUAAUUGGAAAAUGGGCCUGAAUUCAACAAGAUGAACUUCGAUAGAGUGCAAGUCCUGCACUUGGGAAGGAGAUGAAACGCCCGGCGACACACCGGGGAAUAUCUGGGUAGGUGGCAGGACAGCAGAAAAGGAUCAUUCCUCUUCGGCGGCACUUCGGCAGCAGCUCAAAGAGGAAGAGAGGGACUGAGGGACCUGCCGCUGAAUUCCCGCCAAAGACCCGGACGUGCCGCCCCUUUGUAUUGGCUGCCCCAAGCACCUGCUUCCUUAGCUGGGGCCUGGAGCUGGCCCUGAGGACAGAGCAGAGCAACCAAACUGAUUAAAAGGUUUAGAAAACGUGAUCUGUGAAGAUUAAAACACUGGGUAUGGUUAGUUGUGAGACAAGACUGAGGGGAAGCUGGUAGGUCUUCAAAUAUGUUAAGGGCUGUUCUAAAGAGAACAGCAAUCAACGGUUCAUGGCAACAGAAGGCCAAGGAGGAAUCGUCUUAAGCUGCAGUAAGGGAGAUUUAGGUUAGAUAUUAGGGAAAACUCUCUCUCCAGCUAGUGAAAUACAGGACUAGGUUGUGGGGGGGAGGUUGUGGCAUCCCCAUCAUUGGAGGUUUUUAAGAACACGUUAGACAAACCUGUCAGGGAUGGCCUAGGUUUACUUGGUCCUGCCUCAGUGCAGGAGUCUGGACUAGGUGAUCUCUUGAGGUUCCCUCCAGGUCCGUGAAUCUAACCAAAUCUUCUCCAACUCCCUGAGCUGUUUUAAGCCCGCCAGGAGGAGCUGGCAGCAGGAGCAGGCCGUGGAAUGAGUGGUCGCAUGCGCGGCGCAGAGCCCUGAUAGCACGCCCCCAUCAGCAGUACGCUGCUCCUCCGCUUGCAUGAAGCACACAGUGACUGCAGCUAAUUUGAGAAGCGGUGUAGCCUAGAGGUCGAUGUGGGCAGCCGGGACUCCUGGGUUCUAGCCCCUGCUCGGUCAUUAAUUCACUCUCUGCCUAUAGCCCUGUCUCUGUGCCUGUUUUAGUAUCUGUAAAAUGGGGCUAACUCAUCCCGAGACAAAGUUAACAGCACUUUGAGCAGGUAAAAGGGCAACGGUGUUACUUACUGGGGUUGCUUCUUCCUAGGCAGAGCCUGGGGCCAUCUCCAGGCUGUGCUCAAGUCUCCCCCUUUCAGACCAGGCAUGCCUGAGGCGUCUAGAUUACCCCGUUUGAAGACAGCUCAGGUUGGUAUUGACCAUGCGGCACUGUCAGAGAACGGUUCGGUAGCCCACAUGUGCAAUCAGCAUGGCAGAUCUCGGUCCAUUUCAUGGCGGGUGGGGCAGGCAGCCCCAUUCAUAACUAGCCCCUUUGUUGGGAAAGAAGCUGAGACUGGAGGAGAACAGUGGGGUCUGGGCGAUGCCCAGUGCCUGGCUGUUCUGGGGGUAGGACGCCCGUCUCCAGGGCUUUCACCCACACUGGCUUCCAUAGAACUUGUACAUUAUAUUAAUUUACUAGAAACACAGCUUGAGCCAACUCCUUCGCCCCACUAACCGAGCCAUAGCCCUUGCUGGAGAGAAUAUCCUAACCCCAGGGGUCAGGUUAGGUAAGUUCAGUGAAGGAUGGGUACAGAGACAGGGUGGAGGCACAAUUGAUUUCAGCUGCUCUCUUUCCCCUGGGGUGGGAAGCUGGCAUUAAGGGAAGCCGGCAGAGAACACAAGGACGGAAGAGGUUCCAGAGAGGUUUAAUUGGUAUCUGUUACAGGAUUUCAGUUCAGGGUAGAGCUGGGUUUGGUUUUGUAUUUUUGGUAGAAAAAAGAUGUCUUAAAAACUUCAUAUAGAUUUGUGGUCUCUCUAAGCACAAAAUAAAACCAGAACGCAGUCA